AAAUACACACUAAAUUAUCGAAGCACAAUUAUUGUUAGACAAUACUUGUAAAUUAUGUGUUCCUUUAAUAAUUUGACAUAGAAAAGAGGAAAUGCACUUCCAUUGAAAUAUGAAAUUUAUGGGGAAAUGGUGACAAAUACCUUUUUACUCACAGAGUAGUGAAAUAAGCUAACGUUUGAGGACAAAAAGAUGAAAGAUUUCAUACGUACCUGUAUUUAUAGUAUCAUGCUCCACUUUCAAAUCCAAACAGAAGCUGUUCCCAAUUUUAAAAGCACUAUGUGUUUAGAGCAUGCUCUCGAGAUCCACUCCGUCCUUAACGAUGGUAAAUGUCCAGAAAGACUACUUGAGAGUAGAGUAAAACCCUGCAGGUAUACAUGCAUGGGACAGUAUGACGUCAGGAUAGGACACAAAGGAUGCAUUGGCUACAACAUUAGUUUUAAUCUUACUGGUGCCCCAUCAUCGACUUUCAAGAAUUUCCCGUGUGGAAUCAAACAAUGUAGUGUGGAUUUUAUCAGAUUUACCUGCUGGAAGAAUGACAAUUGGAAUAUUGUGAAUGACACAUCAAAUUACAAAUUGUUGAAUAAUCUAACAACGGGAAAAAAUGAUACGCUGAAGUCGAAUAAUGAGUGUAUAAGUAAGGCCACAAUAGUUGGCUUGGUCCUAGGAUGCGCGACAGGCGGAGUACUUUUAGGAUCGGUUUUCUUCCAAAUCAUUUCUUGUCUUAGGCGUCGUCAUAAUGGAAUACUCAAGACACAGAUAGCGACUUCCGUACAUUUCCGUCAGCGACAUGCCAGUGAUACUCAGUCACAUGAUGGAAGGAUAGAAAUUAAUUCUCAAGAUGCACAAUAUAGUGACAUAGAGGAACAUUUCAAGAAUAUACACAAGGCAACUCAAGUACCAUCAGAUAAAGAAGAUUCGUCACUGAAUUCAAGGUCACAGGAAACAAUUUACCACCAUUUAAAUGAAACAGAUGAUUCGUUGAACUAUGGCAUGCAAUUACAGCGUAACACUUUAUUCUCAAGUGAGUUUCCCGCAUAUGAAUACGAAGAUAGUAAAACAGUCAGGGAACUACAAAAAGGAAGUCCUUCUUUGAGAUCGGUAGUGAUUCACAUUGGUAGUAUUUCGUCAAAGUCAAGCAAUGACACAAAAACGUCCCCAACAGGGAGUGAUGAAAGUCACAGAUACCACGCACUAGAGAAGGAAUAUCUAAUACUACAACCAUCUGAUACGAAUUCUAAUUGUAACAGGAAGUCAUUUUUGUAUAUAAACGCAAUUAUAUUACCAUGUCACUAUGUUACAAAUAAAUUCAGGAAAUUCGAUUUAGGAAACCUGUUACGAGUUAAAUUGCCAGUCAACAGUAUGGACAUGGGAUACACAUUAAUUGGUGUUAUUCUGUGCUUCACGAUGGAUAUUCCUAAGAAAGUCCUGUGCUUUCCCCAAAAUGAAAGGAAAAUAUGUUUGGAACAAGCUUUACAAGUGCAUGCAAUGAUGGCCGACCAAAACUGUCCUCUACAGGAUCUAUCAAAUAGGCACAAAGGUAAUAAUACAUGUUCGAUGUCAUGCAAAGCAAUAUAUGUGUUCAAUAAUGAUCUAUUCGAUAAAGAUCAUUGUGUUGAAUACAAAAUCAAUUUUCACUAUAAUGAAAUGAAAUCAACACAGAUGACAGACAGUCUAUGUGAUAUUAAAAAGUGCAUAAUCGAAAAUAUAACCAUUGAAUGUUGGACGCAGGGCAACAAUCCAGACCAGCUUAAUAUAUUCGAACACAACAAAGAGAAUGGAAAUGAAUGUCUUGGUCCAGGUAUAAUUGCUGUCCUAAUUGUGACCUGCUUCGUUGUCGGGUGUCUCUUUGGAAUUGGGAUCCUACGUGUGAUUUACAACCUCCUGAAUCGGCACAAAGACAAUCGAUUCCCGUCAACAGUAUCCUAUCAGCCUAGUCACCAAGAGAGAAGUGGUUUACCUGAGGGCAGACUCAUCAUCAAUCCAUUAGAGGCAGAAUACGCUGAUAUCGAAGAUCAUUUUAGGGUGAUGAAUAAAGCUAUUCAAGUUCCUUCUUACAAAGAAGAUAGUUCAUCGAGUUCUAGAUCACGAGAAAACAUUUACCACCACUUAGGUGGAUUGGAAGAGAGGAAGAGUAUGGGCAGGGAUGUAAGUGUGUUUUUGUCCAGCGAUGCCCUAGCAUACAGCUGUAAACUCGAGAGAAAGGAGAGCGAACUUCAAAGUGGCAGCUCAUCUGUGAAAUCCGUUAUCAUCCAUUCAGGAAAUCCUUCUUUAGAUUCAUUUUUAUUUCAUGCAGAGAAUUCUUCUAUAAAGUCAAAGGACCGGUCGAAAACUUCGCCAACAGGUAGUGCAGGAAGUGAUAAAUACUAUGCAUUGGAAAAAGAAUAUUUAUUAAUACAAAACGAUAAUGGUUGUAGCUGAAGGUCCAAACAUUUUAAUUCAUAUGUAGGUUUAGAUAUUUGAAGUAAAAUGUCAUAAUACCUUGUAUUGUUUGUUGUUUGAUAAAUAAAUUUGUUUGUGUCUGUGA